AUGGUUGGCGCUUUUCCAAUUUUCAAGUUAGCGGUUCUUGGAGCCAAGCAAAUCAGCAGGCCAAUUGCCAAUCGUCUAAAGCAAAAGGCGGUAUAUAACGGUUUCUUUCGACGCUAUGUUUGCAUCCCAUCAGGUCAACGUAUGUUCCUGAAAGUCGCUAACCACGUCCUUUUAGUUUACCAUCUUUGGGAUACCCGAUUAAAAUUAAAGCUACUUGGUGUGAGCAAGCCAAUGGGCGUGAAGAAGUUGACCGACGAAAGCGCUGCUGAAAUGGGAGCUGAAAUCCUCGGUGAGCUCAUCAUGUUCAGCAUCGGCACCUUUCUUCUAGUCCUUGAAUAUCGACGUCAAUCGAAAAAUGAAACGGAAAAGGAACGCAAGGCCCGUGCCGAAAUUCGAGCAUUGGAGGACGCAAUAAAAAAUCUUGAGUCCAGAAUUUCUUCCCAAUCUGAAACCCUUUACCAGUUUUCAAAACGGCUUGAAAACUUGAAAUGA